AGCUGUAAACGCACCACGAGUGCGUCAUCGCCUCUCAUGACAAUAGAAUGAGGAAUCCUCAUCGCAUUUAUCUCGCUGAGGAUAACGCGUUCUUCUGCGGACUUUUCACGACUGAGGAAAGAGAAACAGUGAGGCUUAUCCGGGACGGUUUCCAAAAUAAGAGCGGCGAGGCGCGGCUUCAAAGAGCAAAACAGGGUUUUAUAGUGCAUCACCUCCCAGCCAUGUGGUAAUCAUCUGAACAUCACCCAGAAGAUACUCUGAGCUCAUCGACAACACCUGCAAUGGCCCACCAUUAUGAGUCCUGGUUACGGACGGCACCAUCUAGUGGCAGCGCCGAAGACAUUAACAACAUCCCUUCGUGGUGGGAUCUCCAGCGUGAUGUUCAACCAGGGAACUGGAUUGAUCUCCACACAGGGCAAGGCUUGCCUUCCGCGAGUCCAGGGGGCGCCAUGGGCGUGCAGUCGUCUUUAGCCUCCUAUGGUUCUGACCCGCAGCUGUGCUCCUUGCCUCUCCCGCAACACGUACCGCCUUCACACUCCUCUCACCUCUUCCCUCAGGAAGGCUUCAAGAUGGAGCCCAUGCCUCCUGAAAUCCUGCAACAGGAACCAUUCUCGCUGGAGGAGCCACAGGAGAACGUAGUCUCGUCCCGUCCAAAGUCCCAGCGACGUUCCUCCAGAGGUGGCGGCCAGGCGGCGUGUCGCUGCCCCAACUGCGUUCAUGCCGAGCAACUGGGUCAGAGCACGGACGACAGCAGGAGGAAGCACAUGCAUAACUGCCACAUCCCCGGCUGUGGCAAAGCCUACGCCAAGACCUCCCAUCUGAAGGCUCACCUACGCUGGCACAGCGGGGAUCGGCCGUUUGUCUGCAACUGGCUCUUCUGCGGCAAGCGUUUCACUCGCUCGGAUGAACUGCAGCGCCACUUGCAGACGCACACCGGCACCAAGAAGUUUAGCUGUGCGUCGUGCCCUCGGGUGUUUAUGCGCAGCGAUCACCUGGCCAAGCACAUGCGCACACAUGAGUCCCCGGCAGGGCAUGGGGAGGAGAGGCUGAACGGAGAGGGAAAGGUCUUUCAUGCCUCCAAAAAUCCUCCGUCGUCCUCCAACAUGUCAGCACCUGACACCUCAGAGCCUCAACCGAAGUUGAAAUGUGAGAUAGACCCCUCAGUCUCCAGUGGGACCGGCUAGUGCAGCUCCUUUCGCAAUUUUAUUUCAAGGGUUGCCAUCUGUUGCACUUUCGGUCAUAAGACUUUUACCAUUGAGCGGUUUGGGUUGAGAAACGGAAACAGAUGAUUUCAGACACUUAUACGCACCGGUAAAUGAUUGAUAUCGACUGGACCUUCAACUCCGUGAUUGAAUAGAAAGGCACUCAGUGGAGUACAGACCUCUGCCAGGGGAAAUGGAAUUGUGGUGUUUCUGUGUUUGUCCAUCUGCAUGUUAGCAGGUUUCUAGAGGAUGAUGUAAGGCCGUGUCCACAUGAAUGCCGAUACAGUAAUCCCUUGUUUAUCGCGGCUAAUUGCUCGCUUAGUUGGGCCGCGAUAAGUGAAUUUCCGCAAAGUAGAAUUCCUUAUUUAUGAAUUGACUAUUUUCGUAGUUAGAGAGUAGAAAACCUGUUUACCACCUUCUAAUUAAGUUUUUAACAUUAUUAGAGCCCGCUAGACAACAAAUAACACCCCUAUAGUCACAUUUUCACUCGUAUUACCCGAUGUAGUAAGGCAUAUUAAGAAAAUAAGACAUAACAUAGACUUACACACGUUAGCAUUGGGAGAGUUCCUUGUUGUUGUUCCUUUUCUACUUCCAGUGUUUGUACAGUACUUCCUGUCUUGACUAUUGCCUCAUCAGUGUAUCACUGACACCAAUACUGCCUCAUAUUUGUUUUUUACUUCCUUUUUUAUGCUUGAAAAUGCUUAAUUUAGGCAUGGCUCAGGUAGUAGAGUGGUCGUCUCCCAACUUGAAGGUUGCUGCGUCGAUCCUGCGUCGAUCCCAGUCAUCUCAAAGGGUCCUUGGGCAAGAUACUGACCCCCAAGUUGUUAAUAAUAAGCGGUACUCAACCACAAAGCUGCAAUGAUUUGUUUUAAUUUUUUUUUUUUAAACGGUGAUAGAGCCAAGCAGCGAAAUUGGAAGCGUGAAGUGGCGAGGGAUUACCGUAUUUUAAAAAUGCCUAUUUUUCUAUGCACUUUUGCGCACACCUUUCAAAACCUUUCCCGAUGUUUUGUGGUAAGUGUGGCUUAUUUUAAAGAACAUCUCACUAUACUGUAUUGAUGAACAGAGUUACAAUGUGCGACCAAGUCAGCUGUGGUUUGCUCUUCCAGGCUUCUGAUUGGCCAAAAGGCAUGUGACAGCCUGUGAAAGUCUUUUAAUGCGGCCAUCAUGUGGAUGGAGAUUUGUUUGACACGGGAGUGGGGCAAAUAUACCUUUUUGAAAAUAUGAAUCUUAGGGUGGACUACGUCUGCAACUAAGCAUUAUUAUUAUCGGUUACUCUGAAACUUGUCCAGUAAUCAGUUAGGCUCUGGACGGACCAGAUCAAUAUGAACCAAACACAAACAGCUAGCGGUUUGGUCCACAACAUAUCAGAAAAGAGGCAAACAUGUCAAUGGCUCUUUUUCAAACUCAAAGGUGAGGCGUGUGGAUGCCAUCUUGUUUUGCCUGAGACACAAAGAUCAUAGGUCUGCUUCCAUUGAUUACUAAGGAAAUUAAAAACUAUCCACACUGGAGAGGCUGAAUGAAAAAAUGAUUCAUCAAAUACCCAAAAUAGCAGCAUAAUUGAUUAAUCAUCGGUUCAGCGAUUAAUUGAUGCCUGGUUCCAUCUUGAUCCAAAUGGCAGAAAAGAUGCUCUGCAAAAGUAAAAGCACAAAUCUUUUUUAUAUGUGCAUGGAGAAUAACGACAGUAGAUCCCCUCUGUUUUACGUGCAGGUUAUGUUCCAAGAAUGGUGAAAAAUGGCAAUCCAUGGACGAACCCAUAAAAAGUCCUAAAAAUGCCAAUUUUUCAUGUUCUGAACAACGUGUGCCCACCAUUCACCACUAUUAGCCCUACUUUGGCAAAGUGAAAGGAGAGGUGAGUUACUUUGGUUUUAUUUACAUGAUUGGCAAGAUUUAAAUACUUUGUUGACAAAGCAAAACCCCUCUCAAGCAGUGCAGUUAUUUUGUGCUAUUUUGCGCUCUAAACCCUAUAACGUGCCUCUCACAGUUAUUAAACACACGUUAAUAUCAGUUUUACACUUUAAACAAUUCUAGGCACACACACAGUAUGCAAUAUUGCACUUAAAAUUUGCAGUUACACCACAUCAUGUCUUGUCAAAGUGUCUUUCUGCUGGAAAAUGUUGAGUGAAUUGACUUGUGAGAUGAGCUUC